AUGCAUGCAUUCACGACUCGAGAGCCUCUAGGCACAGUUUCAUUAAUCACCUCCUUUAAUUAUCCCCUUCUUCUAACAGGCUGGAAGUUAGGGCCAGCCUUGGCUGCUGGUAAUUGUGCUAUUGUAAAGCCAGCCCCACAGACACCUUUAUCGUCACUAGCCUUGGCUGAUUUAGCAACUGAUAUUUUACCUCCUGGUGUACUCAAUGUCUUGCCUGGAGGGGUUGAUGUGAGUCAAGCAUUGAUUGACCAGACAGACAAAACAAGUUUUACAGGUUCGACCAAAGUUGGGCAAGAAAUCAUGCGUCGUGCAGCGAACCGGUUGUUACCAUUGACACUUGAAUGUGGUGGCAAGAAUGCAGCCAUUGUAUGCGAAGACGCUGACUUGGAGUCUGCCGUUGAACACAUUGCUAUGGGCGCAUUUUCCAAUGCAGGACAAAAUUGCUGUGCUAUCUCUCGAGUCUUGGUACAAAGAUCGAUUUAUGAUAAAUUUCUUCAGCAACUCACAAACACAGUCGAGACCUCCUGGAGAGCAACAAUAGAUUCAAAGGAGUCAGAAUUUCAUUAUCUUUAUGGCCCCUUAAUUGACAAACAUCAAUAUUUACGAGUGAAAAAGUAUAUUGAGGGUAACCAUCCACCUUUGAUAGCAGGCAAAAUUCGAGAACCCAACCAAGGCUAUUUUAUUCCACCUACUCUAUUCGCUCAUAUUCCUGAUGAUUCUCCUUUAGCCGUGGAAGAAAUUUUCGGUCCUGUUCUAAGUAUACUCACUCCUUUUGAUGACCUGAAUGAAGCGGUUGAAAGAGUGAAUCGGUCCGAAUAUGGACUUGCGGCGGGCGUAUUUUCUCAAGAUUUAAAAAAGGCACACUAUGCAGCCAAUAAGAUCAAAGCUGGCUAUGUUUGGGUCAAUACAUACAACAUCAUGCCUCCUUCUUUACCAUUUGGAGGCAGAAACCUAUCUGGAAUAGGAAAAGAUUUAGGUACAUCAGCAAUAGAAGCCUUUUCUUUUGAGAAAAGUAUUAUGAUGGCCUUGUAA